CACACGCAAGACGUAUCAGGAAAGACGCUGGAUUGUAUUUGAUUAGAUAGGAAGACACCGCCGCUAUUUAGCGCCAACUUUCGGGGAGGCAACACGCGUGGAGGAAUAGCGCGCAGACUCCAGCAGCAAGUGCUUCAUCCGUGCACACUCCACUGGCUGAUCUCCAUGUAUAAGAUGGAUUACUCCUACCUGAACUCCUAUGACUCCUGCAUGGCAGCCAUGGAAGCGUCGGCCUACGCGGACUUCAGCUCGUGCAGCCAGGCCAGCUCCUUCCAGUACAACCCCAUCCGGAGCGGACCCUUCUCCAACCCAGGGUGCACCCCGCUCAGCACGGCCAGCUGUACCCUGGGGGCCCUGAGGGACCACCAGCCAGCUCCUUACUCAUCAGUUCCUUACAAGUUCUUCUCAGACCCUUCGGGCCUGAAUGAGAAACGAAAGCAGAGGCGCAUCCGAACCACAUUUACCAGCUCGCAGCUAAAGGAGCUGGAGCGGGUCUUUGCAGAGACCCACUACCCAGACAUUUAUACCCGAGAAGAGCUGGCUCUGAAGAUAGACCUGACAGAAGCCCGAGUACAGGUGUGGUUUCAGAACAGGCGCGCUAAGUUCCGCAAGCAAGAGCGCGCCGCCAACGCCAAAGCCAACAGCUCUGGUGGCGCGGGGGGCAACACGACCACCAACGGCUCUGCAGGAAAGAAGGGCGGAGAGGCCAGAUCUUCAUCAGAUGAUGAUGAGUCCAAAGAAUCCACCUGCAGCCCCACGCCCGACAGCACCGCCUCCCUGCCCAGCUCCGCCAACGGCAACCUGGGCAGCCCCUCCAGCCUGAGCCCCAGCCCGGCUCCGACCAACAGCGGCUACGCCUCCAGCUCUCCGGUUCUACAGGGCCUCAAAGCGCCCAGCUGGUCCAGCCUGGGGCCGUCCAACCCAGCUGUGGCUCAGCCCGCCGCCCAGACGCAGGAGAUUCUGAAGGCCUGGCAGCCGGCGGACAGUAUGACGGGGCCUUUUGCCGGAGUCCUCUCCUCCUUCCACAGAAAACCCAACGGCACCAUCAAGACAAAUCUGUUCUGAAGCACAGAAGGAGCAAAGUCAAGAGAGAUGUUCUACAACUGGGACAGUCGGGAUGUUUUGGGGCUAAUCGGACUCAAACCUCAUCUGUCACACAUGUCGUCAUGCGCUCACCACAGAACACACACAUGCACUACAACAGAGCUCAUGAGCAUGCUGGUCAGGUACCAGUUCUAAGCAGAAGUCCAAACAUUUCCUGGCGACUUCCUCAGAGCACAGCAGAAGGAAGAGGAGCCCCUAAAUCCAAUUAGAGGAGACCCUCACUUCAUCCCUUCCUGCCUCUUUACUGUAACAAGCCCCGUGACCUCCCUCAAUGUGACCCCCUGGUGCUUUCAGGCCCAUCACGCCCAACAGUAGCUACUUUGUUCACAUGCCGCAACUUCAGGCUCCUUCUUAAGUGUUUUUACAUGUAAAAAAAUAGUUAUUACAGACAUGUUUUUUUAAACUUACAUGACUGCAAGAGUAUUUCCCGUUCACACGUUCUCCCACUUCGGAGAAGGCGCCCCAUAGAUGAUGAGUCAGCUCUUUUUUUCCCCUGAAAGAGACAGAAAUAAGGAUGGCAGUCAUCCUGUAGUGACAGAUGAGGUUUCUCCUGUGUUACAGAUAUUGAGAUGUUCCUCUUCUUCUCAAGAGACUCGCGCUUCAUCUCUUGCAAUCCUCUGACUGCCGUAUCUACUGAAAAAGGGACAAUAUUAGUAUUUAUUAUUUUUUAAAUGUGUCACAAUAGAAUUUUCUUUAAAAAAAAAAAAAACGGCUCAUGACAUUUUGUGACUAAAUCCUGUAAUAUAAAAUAUGAGAGGAAGACACCACAUUUUUGUUUUCCAGAUUGAUUUCCGUCUCACAGAAACUGCAGUGAACGACACAUUAUAGCACUACUCUGAUUAUUCUAAUAAAUC